AUGUCGCAGUCGCUCAGCCGCAGCGGCACCGCCACUGGAAGUGCGUCGCGCAGUGCCUCUGGCAGCCGCAGCAGCUCUAACUCGAUGCGGCUGCCAGAGCCCGGCGCGGGGCAGGCCACCGUUAACGACUCCGGAUGCGCGCCUGCAGCGGCGGCGGCGACCCCGAGCAAUGAUGCCGGACAGCCGGAGAUUCCGGAGAAGGAGGUGGCGUCCAUCUUCAUUGGCAUGGGCCCCGCCGGCCGCACUGUAACCUUGACGGAGUUGACCGAUUAUCUCAAGUCGAAGGCGAUCGACCCAGAGAAUGUGAAGGAUGUGCGCCUUCGUGGCCGCUGUGCCUUCGCGGAUACGACCACGGUAGAGGAGGCACGCAACCUGAUCGCGAAGCUGGACAACCAGGACUACAAGGGCAAGUUCCGUCUGGCGGUGCAGAUGAGCAAGCAGACCAUGGCGGAGGCGAAGGAGAACAAGCGCAAGCGCCAGGAGGCACGCGGCACCAAGCCAGUGGACGAGAGCCGCUACGUGAACGGCGGCCGUCAGGUAUUCGUGAACCUCGGCCCUGCCGGCAAGGACAUUCCCAACGACAUCAUUCGCAGCAAGAUUGAGGCUAUCACUUCGGUCACGCGCUUCGAGCGUCGUGGCUACUGCAUGUACGUCGACGUGCCCUCCGCCGAGGAUACGAAGCGGGUAGUUGCGGCGCUGAACAACAUGAUGAUUGGCGACGUACGCGUGCUUGUGCAUAUCAGCACCGCAGUCCGAAAGCGGGAGCGUGAGCGCUCGCCCCAGCGCGUUCGCGAUAUCCCACGCCGCGAAAAUGACCGUCACGAUCGUGAUACGCGCCACUACCGCCGCCGCAGCGACAGCCGCGAGGUUCGCCACCGCCACCACCGUUCGCGCCGCAGCUACACUCCGUCGUCGCGCAGCACUUCCUCUUACUCGUCCCGCAGCCGCUCGCACAGCCGCGGUCGCCGCAGCUACUCGCCCGCCUCUGAGGACUCUCGCGACCGUCGCAACCGUCGCGGAGGUUACCAUGGCAGCGAGCACCGUCGUGGUGGCCGUGUCGAGCGUGGUGGUGAUCGUCGCGAACGCCGCAGUGACGAUCGCCGCAGUGACGACCGCCGCGCCCGCCGUUGA